GUCGCCUCACCUGUGCGCCGGCCGGCGGGAGUGGCCGCUGCCCUGCACGGAGAUGUCGCUGCUGCGGUCACUGCGCCUGGACUUGGUCGCGCGGACUGGGAGCCGAGCGGCGGGGUGCUCGGUGCUUCCUGCGCCCCAGCCACGGCCCACGUUCCACACCGGCCCCCUGCUUUCUUCCUCGGCUUCCAGCAAGGAGCUGCUCAUGAAACUGCGCCGGAAAACGGGCUACUCUUUUGUCAACUGCAAGAAAGCCCUGGAGACUUGCGGCGGGGAUUUGAAGCAGGCAGAGACAUGGCUCCAGCAGCAGGCCCAGAAGGAGGGCUGGAGCAAAGCUGCCAAGCUGCAUGGGAGGAAGACCAGGGAGGGCUUAAUCGGUCUGCUGCAGGAAGGAAAUGCCACCGUGCUGGUCGAGGUGAACUGUGAGACGGAUUUUGUUUCCAGAAAUGUAAAAUUUCAGCAGUUGGUGCAGCAGGUGGCCCUGGGCACCAUGUUGCACUGUCAGAGCCUGCAGGAUGAGCUCUCCACAUACAGCAAGGGCUUCCUGGAUUCCAAGGCGCUCUCGGGCCUGCCCACAGGGCCUGACCGGGAAGGCUUCCUGAAGGAUCAGCUGGCCUUAGCCAUUGGGAAACUGGGAGAAAACAUGAUCCUGAAACGUGCCGCCUGGGUGAAGGUGCCGUCCGGCUUCUAUGUGGGCUCAUACGUCCAUGGAGCCGUGCACAGCCCCUCGCUGCACAACCUGGUGCUGGGCAAGUACGGGGCCCUGGUCAUCUGUGAGACGGCCGAGCAGCCAGCCAACCUGGAGGAUCUGGGCCGCCGCCUCGGGCAGCAUGUGGUGGGCAUGGCCCCCCUCUCCGUGGGCUCCCUGGACGACGAGCCCGGGGGAGAGGCAGAGACCAAGAUGUUGUCCCAGCCCUACCUGCUGGACCCCUCCAUCACGCUGGGACAGUAUGUGCAGCCACAGGGUGUGUCCAUAGUGGACUUUGUGCGGUUUGAGUGUGGAGAGGGCGAGGAGGCGGCGGAGGCUGAGUAGGUGGCGGAGACCUGGGGCCUGGGAGAUCUGGGCAUUGUUACCAAAAAGUCUGCAAGGCCUCUCCAACCUCUGUUUUAUACUUGAGUUUAUAUUGAAGUUAUUACUUUAUGAAUCCAGUUAUUAAAGAAACU